AUGUCCCGUCCUUUACAUUUCUUGAAUGGCUCUGGAGUUGGCAAUGGGUCUUUGCCGCCUCUCUCAGUAACAGGAGAGCCCAAGGAGGACUACCCGAGUGACGAACAGGGAAACAAAGUGCGCUGGGCAGCUUUACUGAUCCUCCUGGUGAUAAUCCCCACCAUUGGGGGGAACAUACUCGUCAUACUGGCCGUGUCUCUGGAGAAAAAGCUGCAAUAUGCUACCAACUACUUUUUGACGUCCUUGGCAGUGGCAGAUUUGCUCGUGGGUCUGUUUGUGAUGCCGAUUGCCCUCCUCAUAAUACUGUUUGACAAUGCCUGGCCUUUUCCAACUGCCUUGUGUCCCAUCUGGCUGUUCCUUGACGUCCUGUUUUCCACAGCUUCCAUCAUGCACCUCUGUGCCAUCUCACUAGACCGCUAUAUUGCGAUUAAAAAGCCAAUCCAGGCUAGUCAGUACAAUUCAUGGGCUACAACAAUCGUCAAAAUCAUCGUGGUUUGGCUCAUUUCAAUAG